CAUCAAUUGACUGGGAUCGCGUUGUGUGGCCCGCGCCGCGAUUUUCUCGCACGGGCAGGCACGGCAACGGCCGCCACCCUCUGUACAAUAACAGUGUAAUAACUAAGCUUUUCAUUUUGCUGAACUUACCAAGCGACGUUGUGCUUUCAAUCUGAUUCAAUCAUAUACAGUUCCAGAAAUAUGCAAGACUAUAAAGCCUCAUAUCGCCUCAACCGAUCGUCCUAUCGCAGCUUCAAACAUGCCCAGUUCCCUGUCCCUCACACAGGACAUACCAUUCAGUCCCACCACAACGAUAUGUGUAGAUGAUACUACCUUAUCGAAUCCCCGCCCCAAGACUGAGCCUGCGAGUGACUUGGAAAAAUCGCCGAGCAAUACGAUCACUACUACAUUGCAACAGUUACCACUAUCUACCCUUAGAAAAAAUUUAGUUCUGACUGUCCUAUCUGGCGCUCAAUUCUUCGAUAUCUACAUCUCAUGUGCAGCGAUCAUCGCCCUUCCAACACUGGGCGCUGACUUAGGAUUUUCACCAGCAGCUCUUCAAUGGGUUCUGUCGGCAUAUACGCUCACCUUUGCCGCAUUCAUGCUCAUCUCUGGUCGGCUGUCUGACAUGUUCCAUCCAAGGCCUGUCUUUGUUGCUGGAUUCCUUGUCAUUGGUCUCCUCAGUGUCCCGAUUGCGGCCAGUGUCAACCCAAUUAUGACUAUUGUCCUGCGAGCCCUUCAGGGCAUAGGUGCUGCACUCAAUGUUCCUUCGGCUAUCGCGAUGAUAUCAACAUCUUUUCCAGAUCAUAAGGAACGCAGUCGAGCGUAUGCCGUAUAUGGGGCAUUUGGUGCGAUUGGUAACUGUCUUGGUUUCAUAAUCGGUGGUGUGAUAUCUGCUAGGACUUCUUGGCGUUGGGUUUUCUAUGUCAUCGCAAUUCUGGUCAUACCUUUUGCUGUGGUCUCAUGGUUUAUCCUUCCAGCACAUACCAACCGUUCAGCAAAGGGGACAAAAGACCUUGACUGGCCUGGGGUCUCCAGUCUAACGGUCGGACUAAUUCUCUUUGUUUUUGCCGUCUCUCGUGCCAGUGCAGCAGGUUGGCAGUCUCCUGGCGUGAUUGCACCCCUUAUUCUUUCUAUCUUUAUGUUCGCCACUUUCGCUCUUAUCGAACACCUGGUGAAAGAUCCUGCCCUUCCACCGAGAACUUGGACAAAUAAGAAUUUUACUCCGUUAUUUUUUUAUGGGUGGUCUGUGUACUGGUGGUUGUUCUCCUCUGAACUGCAAUUGGUGCAGGUCUUCACGAAUCUCUGGUAUUUGUCUCCACUCUCUGCUGCUGUGCGAUGCCUCCCCUUGGGAAUAUCCGGGGGAGCUACAGCGAUGCUCACUGGAUACAUUGCCUCGAGAAUACCUCGCCGACUGUUGUUGGUUGGGGGACAAGUAUUGAUGGCUGUAGGAGCAGCACUGUUUGCUCUCGCCAAUGACCCAUCAAAGUACUGGUCCCAUAUUGUCCCGGGCAUGGUUUUCGGGAAUAUCGGGGUCGCUGUUGGAUACGUAGGUUGCACUAUUGUUGUCAUGGAAGGUGUAAGGGAGGGUGAGCAGGGAGUGGUGAGCGCCAUUAUGUAUACCGCAUAUCAAAUCGGUGCCACUAUAGGUCUAGCUAUUGUCACUUCCAUAACACUAGGAGUCAAUCAACAUCUGGAUGCUGAUCCAGUUUCGCAGUUCAAAGGCUAUUCCAUGGCAUUCUGGUCCAUACUCGCUAUGAAUGGCUUCGCCAUACUUCUCACUCUAGUUUUUGUACAUGAUUCAAGUUAAUUUUGUAAGGCGCUUGUGCGACAAUACAUUUCCUUCUUUGUCCCCUGAA